AUGAAUGCUACUAAGGAGCCAUUCCUAAGUCUACGUUUUUUGAAUUUGUACGGCUCGCCUGAAGAAUUCUCUGAACUGCCAAAUGAGUUUGAAGAUAUUAACAAUGGAAAGGGCCUUCAUCGACGUCUGGUCACUGAAGAUUCAGAGUUGGCACGUAAGGCAUUACAAGUCUUUGCGGCGGUGAAGGUGAAGGUCAAGCGUGAAAUUGAUCGUGAUACAUUGAUCCAGUUGGCCGGCACCUCACCGAGAACCAAAGUUCACCAAGAAUUGAGCGAUCUUCUGACGGAGUUGGAUGAAGCAAAAAGACCAGAAGAUCAUAACAAAGAAGACCCUGACAAUCAGCCUGAUGUAAAAUCAGAAGAGAAUGCUAUAGAGAUGUCUGAAGACUUUGAUGCCAAGGCUCAGGAUCUAGAAGAUGUUGAUAAAGAGAAAGACAAUGAGGAAGAUGAUGGUGGUGAUGAGGAGGAGAUAGAUAAACAGAUGGGAGAGGUUGAUGAUAUGGAUAAUGAUAAGCUAGAUGAACAGAUGUGGGGCAGUGAUUUGGAGGAUAAUGGGGAUGAGGAAGAGAAAGAAGAAGAAUCUGGGCCAGGUGAUGGUAAACAAAGUGAACCAGAACUUGUUGCUAAAGAUGACAAUGCUGACAAAUCUGAGAAUGAUAAGGAUAGGGAACAAGGUAACAAAGAUGAGACUGAAGAAGAGGAAAAUGAUGAUAAACAGAAACAAAAUAACUUGGAUAAUCUAGAUCAGGAUAACUAUGACGAUGACCAAAUUGACCCUUACCAUGGUAAACAAGAAGAACAGCAGGCCCCUGAUGACUUUGACCUUCCAGAUGACCUUAACUUUGAUGAUGACAAUGACGAUGGUGGUAAAGAUGAUGAAAAAGAAAUGGAAGAAACAGGGCAAGAAAUGGAGGAUGACACUGCACUACCACCAGAAGAUUCUCCUGACAAUGCUGAAGAUGAACAGAAAGUAGAAACGGAGGAUAAACAUGAACAAGAGACUGGAGAAGAUGGUGAAGAUAAAGGAGAGGAAACCAACGAGGAGGAGAAGACAAAUGAUGGUACUGAUACAGCUGAUAAUGAUGAGAGACAAGAACAAGAUGGUGAAGAUGAUCCUGGUUUUACACCUCAAAAAUAUAUGGGAAAAAGACAUUUUAAGUUGCAUGCAGCUUUCUUAAAUGCAACCAUGGUCAGUGCUAUAGAUGCCCCUGUGGAGUUUGAAGUUAGCAUAGGUAACUACGGUAACAAGCUGGAUUAUUACACAUUGCCGUGUACAUCAACUACCCAGCCGACCAAUGCUGUUUUUGAUGAUACUCAAUAUAACUUCCAACCUUUGGGUGGUAUCAAGCCCUGUGUGGUGGUUGACUCCGAGUGGGAGGAUAUUGCCUGGAGACUGGAGGCUCUGAACUUCUUUGAAGGCAUUAUAGCUGCACUAGAAUCUAACAUUGAACAAGUUAAAGUUGGUAUUAAAGCUAAACUGCCAACACCAGAACUAGCUCAGCUACUGAUUUCAGCUCUAGAUCAGCUGGUUGAAGACUGCAAGAAACCAUUACCUACCCCAAAGAAAGGUACACAUCUACCUACAGAACUAGAUACUUGGUUAACCACCAAUAGACAGUAUGAGAUGGAAACCCUUAUAGAGAAGGCAACAAACCUUCGAGAAAAUGCCACCGAUAUCAUUAUAGCACUCAGUGAGGCAGAAAACUUUAAAAAAAUCUUACAUAACCUGGCUGUAGAGCCUCAGAACAGUAUGCCAGAUGUAAUAAUCUGGAUGAUUAGCGGAGAGAAGAGAAUAGGGUUCCCACCGUUCCCACAAUAA